AUGAGGCCCAAGCGCGGGAACGUGCUGGUCGCGCUGGCCGCCGUCAUGCUCUUCAGCUUCUCCUGCUUCUGCAUCUCCAGGCUGACCCAGACCAGUAAUCAAUUAAUUAAUUGUAGAAACCAUAUUUUGGAGUUUAAGGAAAAAAUGCUACUUUUAAAAAACAAGACUGAAAGAAAUCGCCAAGAGCUGAUCAAAGCCUUGAGUAAAAUAAAGUACGAAAUGACACAGAGAAAAAAUACGUCAGUAAACUUAGUUGAGAAGAAAGUGAAUACAUUGGGUAAGAAUGAAACCGUGUCUGAUACGUUUGAAAUCCUAAAGUUCUUUUUUCCUCAUCUAAGGAAAGUAGGCAGGAUUUAUCCUGAUGUAAUCUUUGGCAAAAAGAGAACAGGCGUCUCUUUUGCACUGGGUAUUUCCACUGUUAACAGAGGGAAUCAAAGUUACCUGAGUCAAACACUGAAUUCUGUUGUCUCCAGGAUGUCUCCUUCAGAAGAGAAGGACUCUGUGGUGAUUGUCUCUGUCGCAGAUAGAAAUGAAGAUUAUUUAAAAUAUGUUGUGGACAUGAUUACAAAAAGAUUCAAAAGGCAACUUAAGUCUGGAUCCUUAGAAGUCAUUUCAAUACCUGCCUUUUUUUAUCCAAACAUAUUACCUCUCACACAGUCAACUGAGGACUCGGGAAAAUUAGAGAGUUGGCGCAUCAAACAAGUACUGGAUUUUUGUUUUUUGAUGUUGUAUGCCCAACCCAAGGCUAUGUAUUAUUUACAGCUAGAAGAUGAUAUCAUAGCUAAAAAGAUGUACUUUACGAAAAUCACAGAUUUUGUGCAUAAUGGUACUUCAAAUAAUUGGUUUUAUAUUGAGUUUUCAAUUCUUGGAUUCAUAGGAAAGCUGUUUAAAUCUGAGGACUUAACUGACUUUGUACGUUUUUUUUUAAUGUUCUACAAAGAUAAACCCAUAGAUUUGCUCUUGGGGGACAUUUUUCAGGUAAAGAUGUGUGACCCAGGAGAAACUCCUGAAAAAUGUGCAGAACGAAAUAAGCACAUUCGUAUUCGAUAUAAACCUUCUCUUUUCCAGCAUGUGGGUAUACAGUCAUCAUUCCCUGGAAGAGAACAAUAUUCCAAAGAUAUUUAUUAUUAGGAGUCUUAUAAUUCAAACACCUUCUUUCAAAAUGAUCGGCAUCAUUCUUUGGAAACAAUGGCAUAAUAAGGAUUAGUCUUAGUUCUCAAUUUUCUUCAUAGUGGAUAAGAGACUUUAUCAUAUACAAAAAUUUAAACCUUUGACAAUAUAGUGUGAUUUGAGAGAAGGGGCAACAACAUAACCAAAAUGCAGAGAGCUUUGUUCUGGGGCAUUAGUUCCCACACUGCCUGCGGUGGCUCCAUCCAGGUGGCACAUUCGGCUUUCCUCAGAAAAUAUGAAGAAUAAUAAGUGUAACAAGAAAAAAACUCUGUAAUACCUUGAAACCUCAGAUAACCUUACUUGCUCAUGGCAUCUUUCAGAAAUUAUAAUAAUGAAAAUGCAUAAUUGUAUAGAAGAGGAGAAAAUAGAACUACUAGGCUUGGAAGUAUUAAACUACCUCUUAUGUCAAGAAAAAUUAGAAUGUUUAUUUAUGAUGUUUGUACCACUACUAUUACAAUUUAAUUUAAAAAUAGUAAAGGCAAGUAAGUUUUUGAAAAUUAAGAAAUGUAUUUUGUUAAAAAAAAAAAAAGAAAUGUAUUUUGUUGACUUGGAUAGUGAUGCUACCACAUAAUCUCAAUAAAUAA